AUGCAUUUCAUGUUGACAACGUUGAAGGUGGUGCACGUCCUAUCUACUCCAAUUCCAGAACUUGAGGAGGAUGACACGGUUGAAAAUCUGAGACGCCAAUCAAAGUGGGAGAACAACGACUACAUAUGCAGAUGGCACAUUCUUAACGGUAUGUCUGAUCCCUUAUUUGAUAUUUACCAAAACGUUGAAUAUGCAAAGGAAUUGUGGGAUUGUCUCGAAGCCAAGUACAUGGCAGAGGAUUCAUCCAGUAAAAAGUUUCUGGUGACCGACUUCAACAAUUACAAAAUGGUUGAAUCGAGGUCUGUCAUGGAACAAUUCAAUGAACUCCUUCGAAUCCUUGGACAGUUCACACUGCAUGGAUUGAAGAUGGAUGAAACAAUAUCUGUCUCAAGCAUCAUAGACAAGUUGCCUCCUUCAUGGAAGGAUUUCAAACACAAUCUGAAACAUGGAAAAGACGAACUGUCUUUGAUCCAACUUGGAAGUCACUUGCGCAUAGAGGAAUCUCUACGAGCGCAUGAGGAUAACAAAGGAAAAGGCAAAGAAAUUGAUGAUGUUAUCGCGUGGUGGAUUGAUUCUGGAGCCACAACACAUGUUUGCAAGGAUCGUUUCUGGUUCAAGACAUUUGUUCCAGUGGAAGAUGGUUUUUUUCUAUACAUGGGAGAUGAUCACUUCGCUCCCGUUGAAGGAAAAGGAAACGUGGUGCUAGAAUUCAGUUCUGGAAAGACUAUUACUUUGUUUAAUGUAUUGUAUGUUCCUAAGUUACGUAAGAAUUUAAUUUCUGGUCCUGUAUUGAAUAAGCUUGGAUACAAGCAAAUCACUAGACAACCUUUUAAAAGUAUAACAAGGAAAUCUAUCAUUCUUGAGUUAAUACAUAGUGAUUUAUGUGAUUUGCAUGCUACUCCAUCAUUAGGGAAUAAAAAGUAUUUUGUCACUUUCAUUGAUGAUGCUUCUAGAUUCUGCUAUGUUUAUUUGUUACACGCUAAGGAUGAAGCCUUAGAUAAAUUCAAAAUUUAUAAAACUGAAGUUGAAGUGCAACGCAAUAUGUUGAUUAAAACAUUGCGUACUGAUAGAGGUGGUGAAUAUUAUGAUCCUGUAUUUUUCCAAUCCGUAGGAAUCAUUCAUGAGACUACGGCACCUUAUACACCUUAA